AUGAAGACUCCUUCCAAGCCAACCCGGGCUUGCACGACCAAGCAGAUGAAUUUCGAGCCUUCGCAGAUGGUCACCAUCCGUGUCGGCGAUUCGCCAGAGUACAAAGACUUCAUCGCUCACGAAUCGUUCCUCACUUCUCGCUCUGAGUUCUUCCGCCGCGCUAUGAACGGCAGCUGGACGGAGGCAGAAUCUCGAGUCGUGAAACUGCCAGAGGAUGAGCCUGCCAUCUUCGCCAUCUAUCUCAACUUGGUCUACACUGGACACUUGGAGUUUCUGGCCUUCAGCAACCUGAUCACACCCGAAUACGAAGAUAUCUUCCGCAUGUACGUCCUAGCGGAAAAGCUCCAAGACAAGGGCGCAAAGAAUGGUGCCCUCGCUGCCGCUGUCAGUGUUUCUGAGGUAAUGGAUUCGGCAAACAAUUCGACCGUUCCUGCGGCUGAAAUCGCCAACCUCGUCUACAAAGGCACGCCUGAGGGCAGUCCCGGCAGACGCCUCGUCAUCGACAUGUACGGCAUGCUUCCAUUCCGAUCACUGUUUUCCGACGUUGAGGGCAUUCCCUUUCAUCGAGAUGCUCUGAAUGACCUCGUAGAGAUGUUGAACAAGAGUUAUCAGAAGAAGGAUGGAUAUGGAGGGCAUUGGUUUGCAAAAGACAAGAAUCAGAAGCUGUACUUGGAGGAGGAAGAAUGA